AUGGCUGACGACAGUACAGCCCCGCUCUUGAGCAGGGCCUCCACGGAUUCACGAGACACCUCAUAUUCACACAAGCAGCACCAGCAGCAACGACCAGAUUCACCAUCCUUCCAACUAAGCUCCGAAUCAACACCCCUCCUUCGACAUGAAGAUGCAUAUGGGAUAUCCUAUGGUACAGAAAACCGAAGACGUUCAUCAGCAUCGGUGUCCUCUAACCCGCUAUGGCCUAUUGAAGAUCCUAGCAAGCGUCCACGAUAUCGUCAAUGGCCUAUCGUUAUUGCGAUAACAACUCUACUGGCCGCUGUUAUUCUGACGCUGGUGUUUGGGUUUGCGGCUCCAUCUGCAGUCAAGCAAUAUGCACAAGAAGCGGCGGUCUUCAAACCUCAGAGGAUCUCCUUGGACUCGGCGACAUCCGAAGGCAUAUCCAUAAGGGUUCAAGGGGAGUUUUCUCUCGACGGUUCGCGGGUGAGACAACCUCUCGUACGAGGUACCGGCAGGUUUGCAACAUGGAUUGCCAAGGAGGUCGAGACUGGUAAAACGGAAGUCGAUGUCUAUUUACCUGAAUAUGAUAAUGCCCUUCUUGGCCGUGCUUUCCUUCCAGCUAUCAAGGUGGAUAUUAGAGAGGGUCAUUCAAACAGUAUCGACAUCGUAGCAGGCUUGCAGUCAGGUGAUGUGGCCGGUAUUCGCCAGGUUGCGGAUGAUUGGAUGAAUGGUCGGCUUGCCCGACUCCGUGUACAAGGUACAGCGGACGUGAAUAUAAGAUCAGGGAUACUAAAGUUCGGUAGCCAGGCUAUAACUGCUGACUUAGCCCUUACUGAAAAGGAUAUCCCUGCCCUACCAUCUUUCAGCAUAGACAAACUUAAUGUGCAUGAAAAUCCAUGGAACCCCAAAGACCCUGGAAUCGCUGUGGAAGUUGCAGUUAGCAUCUCGAACGAUUAUGCCUUAUCUGUGGUUAUACCUCCUUUGGGGUUUGACAUUCUUCUUCCGAACUGUAUACCGACCGAUCCGCAUAUUCUGGUCGCUAAGGUGACUACGGAGACAGUCAACGUACAGCCAGCGGCUCCUGCAAUCGUUGAUGUUAGCGGUCUUGUUCGGCGACUACCAUCGGAAUUGACGAGGGUCUGUCCAGGAAAGAAAGAUUCACCUCUUGAUUUGAUCAUUUCGGCUUAUCUCAAAGAACAUAAGACCGUUAUCUACGUACGAGGCGGUAAUCCUCCUUCGGCAUCGACACCCGGGUGGAUGGUAGAUCUGCUCAAGAGUGUUACUAUUCCAGUACCCGUGACCGGCCACGAUUUCGGUCAACUUAUCAAGAACUUUUCCAUGACGGACGUCCAUUUCUCUCUGCCAGACCCCGUUGCAGAACCAAAUUCACCCGAGGCCCAACCGAAAAUUUCUGCAAUGGUCAAAGUCAUGGUUGAAUUGCCAGAGGAAAUGAACUUUGACGUGGACAUUCCCCACGUACGAGCGAACGUUGGCGUCUAUUAUGAAGACGAUAAAUUUGGUAUCCUUGACCUGAGCGAAUGGCAGCCUUCCAAUGCAUCCCGAAUUGAUGACCCGGAUAGCACUCGUCCGCUGUUAUUGGUCAGCUUUGAAAUCAAAGACGGCCCUCUACAAGUCACCGACAACGAUGUUUUCUCUCAAGUCGUACAGUCAAUACUAUUCGGCAACGAUCCAGUUGAGCUAGAUUUGCAGGCGCUCGUGGAUGGAGAAAUAGCUACAACGUUGGGCCAGUUCAUUAUACAUGAUAUCCCAGCUCAAGGGAGCAUAAAUGUCAAACCGCCGUUCGGAAGCCGCCCCAUUGGAAGCUUGAUAAAACCGAGAGUUGAAUCAUUUGAGAUAUUACAUACGACACAAUCGACAAUCUCUUUGCAAGCUACGGUUAAUUUCAGCAAUCCUACGCCGUAUUCUGCAAGUAUACCCUAUAUUGAUUGCUUGAUGCUAUAUAACGGAACCGCUCUGGCACAUGUGACGGGGCGGUCUUUGUCGGUCGUGCCGGGGGAUAAUAUUGGAGUUGUUUUCGAGGCUUUAUGGAGUCCAUUGGCUGCCGGUGCUGAUAUUGGUGUCAUUGCAGGUCGGGAGCUUCUUUCGAACUACAUCUCUGGCCUGAAUACCACAGUCACACUACAAGCCCAUGAAGGUUCUCUGCCUGGAUUGCCCGAUCUUGGGAAGGCAUUAUCAGGGAUCUCAGUGAACGUCAGCGUUCCGAAGUUGGGGACACCUGGAGAUGGUCAGGGUGAUGAUGAUGACGAUGAAGGCAGUCCACACUUCAUCAAGGAUGCAACAUUGCAUCUAUGGUCCUCCACGGCCGUCUUCACACUCACAUCUCCUCUCCGCCAUUCAACCCUAUAUAUCGACAAAAUAGACGCAACAGCAUUUUACAACCAUACCGAACCUAUCGGACGAAUAGACUAUGAGUUGCCCUUUGCAGUUCCUCCCGGCGAUUCAGAGACACCUAGACUCCCUGUUGCUCUUGAUCUUGGCGGUGUUGGAUAUGAUGCCGUUCGGAGAGCAUUGGGGGGUACAUUGAUGAUGGAUGCAAAGGCCAAAGUUGGCGUUACGUUGAGCGAGUAUUCGACCACUGUGUUUUAUCAGGGUAGAGGAAUUGGUGCGAAGGUUCGCAUUUAGCAUUUUUACGCUUAGCGGUUUGCUAUACUUUUGUCCUCUAUUUUGCUGUUUUACAACACUGUACAUAAUGGGAGUAGGGCGCUCUUGUCUACUCCGUUUUGGUAACCUGGGAAAGACGCGUUCAUAUGACAACUAGAAAUAUUUUUUCUCCACUAGAUACAAUGAGAAAAACUCAAUUACUAUUGAAAUACCCUCCGGAAGAAUACACUCAACCCAUACUCCUGAUACAAGCGACUCACGGAAUAAUCUUAACCAGGAGGCAAAGUGCUGGCAUCGACAACGUCAGCGGCUUCCUUCUCGACUUCUUCAGUAACUUCAGUAAGCGGUGAGCGAGUCAAGGCCAUCAAUCCGGUUCUGGUUGAUUCCAAGAUACCGAAAGGACCGACGAGUUUGAGGAAGGAGUCG